CCUUGUGGCGAGCGGCGGCCCGCGGACCGAUCCGCGAUCGGCGAUCGAUUGGCCCGGCUGGCGCGGCCCAGUCGUUCAGAAGAUGGCGGCGGCGUCCCAUCCACUGCGGGUGUUCAGGGCGCUUCUGAAAGAGCUGCGGAGCCAGGGCAGCAAUUACCGGCAUUUCGCCGCUUACCGAUACAUCACGGAGCAGUUCCGGAGAAACCAGGUCACCAGUGAGAAGCUGUGCCGCGCGCAGCAGGAGCUCGUACACCAGGCCUCCACCUACCUGUGCUUGCUGCAGAACGCCCGCCAGCACCUCGCACUGCACCACAAGUACCACGGCAAGGGGGAGCGCUCAGCCCAGGGGAUAGCACAGCAGGUCGGCUUCAUGUUGCCGCGGCAGCCCGGGGGCAAAGGGUGGGAGAAGUGAGGAGCCGAGAGGGAUUCCAGCAGAGCCUCGCUUGCUGUGUUCCCAGGAUGCACUUUUCUCUGGCCAACAUAGAUGGAUAAUGUGGACACUUGAACUUUUCUAGGCACAGCUUCUGAAUGACUUGCGAUGUAAAUAAAGCAUUUAAACCCCA